GCGGGUUUGAACGGUGGCGGGUGUCGGAGCCUCCCGGGUUGUGGCGGCAAUGGAGCCCGUUCUGACAGGUGUUUCUGCAUUUGUAGAAGUUUGGUCAUCUAACAGAACAGAAAAUUACUCAAAAACCUUUGAACAGCAACUUCUUGAUAUGGGAGCCAAAGUCUCAAAAACUUUGAACAAACACGUGACCCAUGUAGUCUUCAAGGAUGGACGUUUGACUACAUGGAAAAAAGCACAGAAGAUGGGUGUAAAAAUAGUUUCUGUACUUUGGGUGGAAAAGUGUCAAGAAACUGGAGUACGUGUUGAUGAGUCCUUAUUUCCUCCACUGAACACUAGUGAAGAAUUUCCACUACUGAUCAAAAAACACAAAUGUAUGCAGCCAAAAGAUUUUGUUGAAAAAACUCCAGAAAAUGAUAGAAAGCUUCAGAGAAGACUGGACCAGAUGGCUAAAGAUUUAGCUAUACAAAAGACAACAAUUAAUGCUGAAACGGAUGUACCAGUUUUACUAUUUGAAGACAAUGGUUCACUUAUAUACAGCCCUGUUAAUAAGAUGAAAGAUCAAUGCAAUGCAAUUGAAAGAGGAAUGAAGGAUAUGAAGAAAAAAAAUCUUUCUUCUACUGGAGAACAAAUCGAAGACUGCUUGAACUCAAGUUAUGAUUAUCUCUGGGGAACUGAGAAAUUAAAGAGACAGAAAACAGAGGUAGUAGAACACUCCUGUGAUACUUGGACUGAUAGUCUUGUAUCCACGAGUGCAUCAGUGAAUUCUUCAUCACAGGGCAAUGAGCGAAAAAGCUUAACACCAAAACGACAUACCAGAAGUAGUUUAACAAAGAAACAGAUUAUACAGCGCACUUUGGAUGACAAAUUGUCUUUAGAAAAGAAACAACCAAAGUCUCCAAAGAAAAAUCAGAAGAAUGAAAAGAGCAAGACUACUUCAAUUGCAAAUGAAAGUUCUCUUCUCAGGGACUUCGAUCAUAUUACUCCUUCCAAAAAAUUAGUGCAGCUAAAUACUGUUCCUUCUUUGAUUGACAGUCUCUCUAAUUCACCUAUGAAUAGUGAAGACUUAAAUACGUGUUCACUGGAUAAAAGCUUCCCUGAUGACAAAAAUGAUAGUAUUCUUGAAGUCAAGAAGAGGAAGAAACUACAACCAUUACCUAAUUUGAAGUUGUUUACCUCAGAACUGAGUGCAUCAGGGUCUAAAGGGCUCUUGCAAGCAGUUACUACAUAUAGCAAGUCGUAUUGUACUGAAGAGGCUUCUUAUGAAGACUUCUUUUCAUCAUCUAGUUUAAAUGAAAAUCAGGUACAGAUAAGAGUGCCAGAUGAAUCACAGAGUCGUCCUGAAGUUUGUUGCAAAGACUCUUUUACCAGCAGAGACUUCUGUCAUGUGAGUUUCUCUAAGCCACAUAGUACUACCAAGAAACAUAGGGAAAAGUCUAUUUCAGUGCAUGAUUUUCCAGUAAAGAAAAAAUUCAAACCAGCUAAACUUCCCGGAAACAGGCCGUUAAAUAUAUCAGGUGGCACUGCAGAGGCUCUAGAUUCUGGUGAUGUGAACAGGCUGCCUCAGCACGCUCAUGGAAAGUCCUACAGAAACAAUGUGAAUUACUGUGCUCAUACUACUGGUGACGAAAAUGAAGUUUCAGAGUGUCAUGUUACUGAUGGCUCUUGCAAAGUUUUUAAUGAAUGAAAGAAUAAAUGCAAUGGAGGAUUAAGAAAAACUAGAAGACUCCGAGUGCUAACAAGGAGACUGGUUAUGACUGAUAUAAGUGCUCAGAAACAUAAUACAGUAAUUCAGAUGAUGAAAAGAACUUGGAGACUUUUGUUCUCAAAUGAUGUAUGUGAAAGAAGAAGUCAUGUAGUUACUGGGGAUCCUCAUCAUACCUUGAAUGUUAUGCUGAGAAUUUCUCAUGGGUGUUGGAUUGUUUCUUAUGAAUGGGUUCUGUGGUCUUUGGAACUGGGCCAUUGGAUUUCAGAGGAACCAUAUGAGCUUUCGUCCAGCUUUCCUGCAGCUCCUAUCUGCAGACUUCAGUGUCACCUAUCAACAGGAAAAUACUAGCAGAAUCUUUUUUCAAACCAGCCUGUCAUGUUUAUACCUCCUACCAGUCAACCACCCUGCAAAAAGCUCAUUGAACUUAUACAGCUGUCAGGGGGGAAAAUACAUAAAGCCUCACAUCAGGCAAAAAUCUUUAUAAGAAAAAAACCAGGAAAGAAGUACCAGGAAAUAAUAUAUUUAUCAUAAACAUGUGUAUUAGAUUCAAUCACUCAGUAUACAAUAUGUCCCAAGUAAAACCACAUUUUUCAGCUGUGA